UCAAUGAAGCAGGCAUUCCUUCACUUACUUGAAGUCUUGUGCACACCCACCCACAUCAGGUGUAGACACACAUACACAGGCCAGAGAAGGUUGUCACUAACAGUAUUAUUCAUUAGGGCGAGUAAUGCAGCAAUCUACUCUGUUGCAUUUACUCCUUUGCUGUGAAAAAAACAUUUUGAGUCUGUAGGAAGAACAACAGGCCUUAAAUCAAUCCCUGUCAUCGGUUCAUCUGAGAGACGAGUGGAAACUAAAAGAGGCUCUCCUGCACCCUUCACCUGGACAGGAGACGAUGGCCAGUCCAGUUCGGAUCCAGACAGACGGCUCUGUCCUUCAGCUGCCGCGCUCCGCCACGAGCUUCGUGGAGAGCUCGCUGGCUUUUCUCAAGCAAGAAGAUAACGUAGUCCAAACGUCAGAGAUGGUCGACCACAAACCUCGUCUGGACGGCUCAGACCGUGGACAUCCAGGACUCUAUCUCUCCUGCUUCGACAUGCUGUUUACAGAAGACGCCACCUGGCUGGUGAGGGUGUCGGAUUCCUCCACUGCUGUGGGCACGGGGCCCAGGCUGGAACCGUGUCAGGAACCGGAACAGUGCCCUGUGAUUGACAGCCCUGGGUUGGGAAGCUCACCUCUGUCUCCUACACUGGAAGAGCAGGUGGAGGAGAGAUCUCUGGAGCAGGUGCAGAGUUUAGUGGUGGGAGAAGUUUUGAAGGACAUUGAAACAGCUUGUAAACUUCUAAACAUUACGCCAGAUCCGAUGGAGUGGAAUUGUGGGAACGUUCAGAAGUGGUUGCUGUGGACGGAGCAUCUCUACAGGCUUCCGCAGGUGGGAAAAGCUUUCCAAGACCUGGAUGGAAAAGAUUUAUGUUCGAUGAGCGAAGAAGACUUCAGACAGCGCUCGCCACAGUGCAGCGAAACAUUGCAUGCACAUUUGGAUAUAUGGAAAUCAGCUGCCUGGAUGAAGGAGAGAGGUUCGGUUGGAGAGACCAGGAUAAGAGAAACAGAGGAGCUUUGGUCAGAAGCCGAUUCAUCGUGUUCUGGUCAACCGAUCCACCUGUGGCAGUUUCUCAGAGAACUGCUCCUCAAACCUCACAGUUACGGACGCUGCAUACGUUGGCUGAAUAAAGAGAAAGGGAUCUUUAAAAUCGAAGAUUCGGCGCACGUUGCUCGUCUCUGGGGUCUGAGGAAGAACAGACCAGCUAUGAACUAUGACAAACUCAGUCGCUCCAUACGCCAGUACUACAAAAAAGGGAUCAUUCGGAAACCAGACGUCUCUCAAAGACUCGUCUAUCAGUUUGUCCAUCCGGUUUAAAAGACAAUGCAUUCAGACCAGAGGACGGCCUUGAAGUCUUUGAACUGACAAACCUUCAACAUUUCAUCGAUGAAUCUUUAUUACAGACUCUUCAAGAGCGAAACCAAGAAAAAUGCGAUGUUGAUCAUUUACUAAACUAAAUAUAAUUGAAACGUGCAUUGAAUUGUUUAAUAUACAUUUAUUCUUUAAAAGCAGUGGUUCUCCAACUGGGAGGCGGCCCCCCUUGGGGUUCAUGAGGUGGUGCCAGGCGGCCCCAAUUUGAUAAAAUACAUUAAUUUAGCAUAAAUUCUGUGUAAAAUAAAUUCUCAUCAACCAAGAGCGCUACAUUGUAUAAUUUCAUAUGUUUUAUUUAAUUCAAAUGCUAAGUUUGAGAUUGUUUCAUCAUGAAUUUUCUUUGGGAUGCACCUUACGCAUGCCGAAAAGUUUGAGAACCACUGUUUUAAGGACACGUGUGGGUGUUUAUAUAAUUUCAGGUACACUUGGUGUCCAAAGUCACUAUUUUUUGCUUUUUUCAGAUAGUGAUUAAGACACUUGUAAGCUAUAUAAAAAUAUAUUAUAUUGUUAUGGCCUGUAACAUCUUGUGAUCCAUGACACUCAGUACAGAAUUAUUACAAUGAUUAAAAAUAUAAUCCUUUGAAACACAACAAAAGUGGAAAAUUACUUCAAUUGGUAAAACCAAAAAAUUUAAGUUCAUUUAACUUAAAAUUGCACUUUAGUUUUUCUUUAGGUCAAAAAUUUAAGUUGUUUAAGUUGUGUUACCAAUCAAUCCUACUUUAAAUUUUUUACAGUGAAAAAGCACAGAGAAAUAAUGACUUUGGACACCAAAUAUACUUGCAAUUAUAUAAAUAACACCCAUAUGUGUGCCACAUCUGUUACUUUCUAGUAGUUUAAGAACGAUCUGCAACUAAUUUAUGAUGUUUAACAAAAAUAAAAAAAGUUUUGUUUCAAUGUUUCAAGCAGAAGAGGUUUCUCGCAGCGUCUGCCUGUCAUUCGACACUAUGACUCGAUAGGGUGUGACAUUGCUACAAAUAUUGUUUGUCUGUACACUCGCCUUUAUGUACAUACAGAUGAACGUGUAUUGCCUUUAGCUUCUAUAUGAGCGUGUGAAUACUGCCGGUGUGUGUUUGAGCAAACCUUCAUUACCCUGCCCAUGAUCUGCAGUGAGAAAGCCUCAUGUCGGGCUUAAUCUCUGGCCUGCACCCAACAAACAUUGCUUUUUUAACUGGUUUGUGAGUAAUUGUACAGCAAACUUUCAAAUCUGCCUGUGUUAAUUCACCAAAGACAGUUUCUUCGUUUGAAUGUUGAUGAAUGUUCACCUUUACACACACACGCACACUUGCGACUUAAAGUACGUCAUAUGUUCUGAUAGUGAUGUAAAGCAAGGCUUUGCUGGCCGUCAAUGAAAUUAUUAUAAUUUGUUAUUUGUGUUGUACAGGUUUACGUAGGACAUCAGUCAGGAAGUCUUGUAUUAUAUUAGAUCUAUUGUGAAAACUGUGUUUGCAUUGGGUAACUGUUGUCUUUACUGUAAUUUCAGCAUUAUUAUUCAGUUAGAUCAGAGUUUCACAUACACACUUUUGUGCUUUGCCUUAUUUCAUUAAUUAAAAUAUUCUUUAUUCUUGUU